GCCGAACGCUGAUAAACGAGAGCCAGAGAAACAGCAAUAAGUCAUUGUCACUGUGUGCAAAAAAGGCGAAAAGCGUGGGGCAAAAACAGACUCAAAACUCGCCUGACUGGACAACGAACUUGAUUGGACCAGGGGCGCAGUCAAAGGGGGUGAAGCGCCCCUGAUCAGCCGGCGAAGCCAGACAAAGGCAAACGAUGCGGCGAAUUCGCGAAUUCGAUCAAAACAAGUCGCCCCACCGCACGGCAAAUAUGCAACGCACGAAAACAUCAUACCCUUUCCAACCCCCGCAUUUCCCCCUUUCGCGAAUUCGCGUGGGUUGCCAUGCACAUUUCUCGAUUGAACAACAACAACAAGUGAAUAACAGAACUCGCAGUCGAGUAAACAAGCUCCAUACAAAGUGUGUGUGUAAGUACUGUGUUUAAGUACAGUGAGGCCUUGAAAUGAGUGACAAUUUCUGCAGGGAAAACUUGGUAAAAUGAUUAUAAAUGAUGAUGCAAAUCAUACCAGGAUAGUUCAUUGGAGUGACAGCCGACUUUUGAUGUGAAAACGGAAGCGUGGGAAACCCAAAGGAAACGGGGACCAACAACAUAGUGUGUGUGCAAAUUGAUAUAGUCCGGGGGCAUUGGAGCAGCAUGGAUGAGGAGCACGACGACGAUCGAGUAAUAUGAGAUUAGAUGGGGCUCUAGAGCCCCGGCCCCGCUACGGAGCUGAACCGUCGUUCAAUUGCCGCCUGCCAUCGAGGCGCUUGACCCGCGGACGAUGUGAGACGCCCGACCGUCGCCAGCAACAGCCGCCGUCCGUCGAUGAAGACGACGAGGCCACAGAUGCCGAGUGUUUGACCAACAGCAGCGAAAGUCACUUGUACUUAAACCAAAAAGUGGGUGUCGCAACAUUAACAGCCACAAGGACACCAGCUACACCAGCGCCCAGAGCAACACCAACAAAAGGAGCAACAGGAGGACACAACAUUGUUGCCACCCUGAAAACGCGUGCCCAGCCAUCGUUAAUGACCAUGGCGCCCAACGUGGGUCGGAAGUCGUCGUCGUCGUCGUCGCAGGGAUGGGCCAGGUCCUGGUCAUGGGCAUGGAGCCAGGGUGGAGGCCAGCUCCUAUGCCUGAUAUCCGUUAUGGCCCUGCUGCCGACACUGACGCUGGCCGAUGACGGUGAUAAUUUCUUUGCCGUGAAUGCCUUUAGCGCGGGCCCGGAGACGACAACGCCAGAGUUUGAUUAUGCAAGCCGCGGCCAGAAGAAGUUUGGGGACAAGUGCGAGAAUACCUUGGAGUGCGGCUUCCCGGGCUCCAUAUGCGAUCCCAAGAAGAAGUCCUGCCAGUGUACCGAGGAUCUGCCCGUCACCAAUCACAUUGAUAAAUGUGGCAAAGAGGCCGCCGUAAACGAGUCCUGCUUCUUCAAUGAGCAGUGUGAAAUGCGUUACUUCCAGACGGAAUGCCGGGAUGGACGUUGCGUCUGCCGCUUUGAGAUGUCACCCAUUUGGGCCAAGGAUGGGUCCGUGGAGUGCAAAGGGCGCCAGGAUAAGCGGGGACCCGAGACCUACAUCGAUCCGGCCAUGAUUGGCGUGCUGGUAGGAAUGGCAUUGAUGUUUGUUAUUAUUUGUGUCGUCCUGCGAUUGUUUAGCCAGGCUCGCUGGCGUGAGAACCGGACCAUCUUCAAUACGCCGAAUCCGCGCCUGAUGAACGUCUCUCUGCUGAGGGACAGCAAGCUGCUCCAUGGCCAGGAGCGUCGCGGUUCCCGGAUGUCGGUGCGGGCGCCAUCCCGUCAGCCCAGCAUGGCCUCGCUGCGUCCCCAUUCGCCGAAUCCGUCGCUAGGUAAGACAGGCUCUCAUUCCGAAUCGCAUGGCAGUGCCAGCAACGCCUCCGCCACCUCAGUGCGUUCCAAUCGCAGCAACUCGGUGGCACCCGGCAAGGUGGCCGCGGCCCACCAUGAGCGCCAUGGCUCGGCCCAUCGCCAGCACCAUCCACAUGGCCACCACCAGCAGCAGCAGCACCAUCAUCAGCAGCUGGAGUCGCCCCAGGAGCAGCAGGCGCUGACCACCAACAUCACCACCAAUCCGGUGGCCGAGAGCGUCACCGUGGAGAUCAUAGAGCCGGGACACAAGUAGGAUGUGAAGGUUUGCUAAGAACAAUUCAAGGAUAAGGCGAGACACGACUAACUGGCUAACUCUCUGGACACGGAAAACACUUCAAGAUCACGAUAAUGCGCACGCGAUAAUAAUAACAUUACAAACACAAAAUAUAUACACACGACACACAUGACGAUGCCAUUCGUUAGACUCUCUUUUUUCGAACACAAAUUUUUUUUAAGGGCAAACAAUUAUAUAAAAGUAAUUAUAUAAUUAUACCAUACCACACCUACAACCACAACUAAGCGCUAAAUGAAUUACUAACACCGUAACAACAAAUAAUUGAAAGAAAGAAAAAAGAACUUGCAUAACAAAUUCAUACUACUCUAUUUUUUUCAACCAAAAAAAAUGAACAAACCAAGCAAAGGCAAAACUUUAUUAAUUUAACAUAGUGAAUAAUACGGUAAUGCAGUUUAUAUAUAUAUUAAACUAAGCUUUGGGUUAAAGGCUUUAAGGAUUAAACGAGAAACCAAACAAAAACACACACCGCGUAGAGGCAGCGCCUAGAGAGCAGAUCUCACUUGUAGUGUUCCCAUAGAGCCAAUACAGGCCCGGACAGCUGACACACAACGCCUUAUCUAUAUAGUACUUUAUAGUGACAAAGCUCUAGCUCUCCAAAUCGCCGCUCUAGCUCCCAAAAUAUGGAUGUUAUUAAGCCCAAAAAAAAAUUAUUUAAAAAAAUGAAACAAAAAAAGAACCGAAAGUAGAAGGAGAAUUACAAGUCGGUGGGAGAAGGACGAAAUAUUUAACAACCUCGGGACCAUAUUUUAUAAUCAAAAUAUGCGUUUCAUUGCGAAGCACGCACAUUCACAUUACUCUUGAUUUUGGUUCCACAAAUAAAGAUUCAACUAUAGGGAACACUCUUAAAAAAGAAAAUCGAAAAAAAUCUAAAUUGACUUCCAAUUGAAUGCUAUAUAGAAAAGCUACUAACUAUUAUGUUUUCUUUAUCAAAAUCAUUUCCAAAAUCAAAACAAAAGUCUCACAAAAGCACUCGAGAAAUAGAGGUAACCUUUACGCGGACUUGCCAUUGGGCUAGUCGAGAAUAGGGGAAGAUUCUGGGCUCUGUCCAAUGCCGAGCUCGUGACUCUCUCCCAUUUUGUAGCCAUAGGAAUAUAUAGAACUUUGACUAUAGAUACGAUGAUAAGGUUUAGUUGGAGGAAAACCCCCAGGAAACCGCUUACACAAACCGAAACAAUUCUCAUUUUUGCUUUUGUGCUCAAUCAAAGAAGCUUAACUGUGAGAAAAUACCAACAAAUUAAUACAAAACGUAGAGUUGCUUGGAGAACUUCUAGCUAAAAACAAUUACAGUUAGAGAAAAAACGUAAAAGAGAAAAAAAAAAAAAAACAUUUUAUUAAAGCAUCGAAUUUUUCUUAACAAAAAAACGAAAAACAAAAAAUGAGCAAACAAACAAUCUUAUUUCUAGGACAAACCAAAUCUAGUUACUUAUUUACAUUCAAUAUAAUAUAAAAUAUAAAAAAAAAAACAAACAAAAAACAAUUUAGACUUUGGAAUUUGGGGAAGAAUUCCAAGGUUUAACUUUGUUUUUUAACACUCUACAUUUAAGCACAAGAUGAAUCACUGAUUUUUCUAUUUACAUCAAAAAGUAAAUUAAUAAUGUUGAAGGCAGACUUUAAGCGAAUUUUAAAUAAGCUAAAACGAACAAGCGGCGAACGAAGAGAAUAUUUUAAAAACCAAUUAUAUAUACAUACAUGAAUAUGCUUUAUUUACUUUAAAAAUAUUUACAUUAUAUACACAACAAACAACAAGAACAACCUACAUGCAUACAACUAACAUAUAUUAUAUGAAAGGAAGGACAACUUGUAUUAAACAAAACCAGAAUGCGAUAAAUUCAUUUACACUCUACCAAAAAAGGGAACUUUUAUAUAUGAAUGCUAAUCUUAUAUACAUCUA